GGCCAAGCCCAGGGAGCGCAUCAUCAUAUUAGACCAACUUUAUCUCCUGUACACACAACAACAUCAACCGCGCCUCUCUGUCUCUACGAAACCUCUGAUUCCAUGUCAACAUCGCCCGGGUAGGGCAUCCUUCAGCAUGAGCGGAAGGAUCCUCUCCGCGCGCCUCUUCCCGCUCGCGCGGCGCGUCCCAAAUCUAUACACCCCCCGCGGUAUCGUACAAUAUUCAAGCUCUGGAUCUGGUGGCUUAUUACGGACUGGACGUAGAUCACAGUCACUUGAUCGGAGGCUAUGGCCCUUGGGCGCUUAUGCAAUACAUAAUGUACCAGCAGUAAGGGCGAUAUCCUUUACCCGAGUAAUACCUAAGCUGGUCACGAAACUCUCUACUCUAGGUGCUAUCUCCAUGGGAGCUACAGUUGCUGCACUCGCAUACAUACAAAAUCAAGCUACAAUAGCUGGGACAUAUGUGACAGGGGUAUUCGAUCGAGCAAAGGAGAAGGCGACGGCGGUAUCGGCAAGUACUGUCGAUGUAUUCGGCCAGAUCAAGAAAGGGUGGGAGAAAACAAAAGGAGAAGCAGAGCUGCUGCCAGAGUGGCUCCAAAGCUUAGUGAAUCCCGUGGAUUCCUCUGGAAAUGGGGGUUCCGAUGGAGGUCCCGGCAAAGACAAAGGCAAACCUGUGCAGGCUAGUGCCGGCAGUGCAGUGGCGGGCGCGACGACCGUUGCUGCAUUCGGCUAUGCUGAUAAUGAUGAUGAAGGCACAGAGAGAUCCCAAGAGAAGAUUGCAAGAGAUGAGCAAAUGAUGCUGUUGACAAAGAAAAUGAUCGAGAUAAGGAGUUUACUUCAGACUGUCGGUCAAUCAGAGACUCUCACGCUACCAUCAAUUGUUGUUAUUGGAUCCCAGUCCUCUGGAAAAAGCUCAGUGCUGGAGGCUAUAGUUGGACAUGAGUUCCUGCCGAAAGGUCAUAACAUGGUCACGCGAAGGCCCAUCGAAUUGACACUCGUCAACACACCGGAGGCAAAGGCAGAAUAUGGCGAAUUUCCAGCACUAGGCCUGGGCAAACUCACCGACUUCACCGUAAUCCAGCGAACACUGACAGACCUGAAUCUCGCUGUGCCAGCCGAGCAAUGUGUCACAGACGACCCGAUUCAGCUCCGUAUAUACUCACCAAACGUGCCGGAUCUUUCACUCAUCGAUCUCCCUGGCUACAUACAGGUGGUAGGACGUGAUCAGCCCCCAGAGUUGAAAGAGAAAAUCGCCGAACUGUGCGAAAAAUACAUUCAACCUCCAAAUGUCAUCUUGGCCAUUUCUGCCGCCGAUGUCGAUCUCGCAAAUUCGACUGCAUUGCGAGCUUCGCGAAAGGUGGAUCCUCGUGGCGAGCGCACCAUAGGAGUCAUUACGAAGAUGGAUCUUGUAGACGCUGAAAGGGGCGUGAGCAUGCUUACUGAUAAAAAGUAUGCUCUGCGAUUAGGAUAUGUCGGCGUUGUCUGCAGAAUACCGCAGACAUCCCAGAGCUUAUUCCAUCGCGGUAAUGGUAAUAUUACAACUGCCAUCGCUCGUAAUGAACAGGCCUUUUUCUCUUCUCAUCCCUCCGAAUUUGGCGCAGAGUCUAACCUGGAUGUGGGAACCAAGAACUUGCGUAAGAAGUUGAUGCAUGUCCUCGAGACGACCAUGGCUGCUAGCUUGAAGACCACAAGUGAGGCCAUCACACGUGAACUUGAGGAAGCGAGGUACGAGUUCAAGGUCCAGUACAACGAGCGACCAUUGAGUGCAGAGUCAUACCUAGCUGAAAGCCUGGACUCGUUCAAGCAUUCCUUCAGGGGCUUCGCGGAGGAAUUCGGAAGAGCCGAAGUUCGUGAGCUGUUGAAACGGGAGCUUGAUCAACAAGUCCUGAACCUACUUGCCCAGAAGUACUGGAACCGCCCUUUCGACGAUAUUGCCCCUCCUCCACCUGAAGAGUAUCCACUAGAAGACCUUCCGAAAGCUGACCCAAAUGAUACCAUAUGGCAAUACAAACUAGAUGGUUCUACCGCCGCUCUUACAAAGCUCGGUAUCGGCCGUCUUGCAACGACUGUGGUCGCUUCAUCACUACAGGCACAUAUCGAUGGCUUGAUUGCUGGGUCGAGAUUCUCCGCUCAUCCCUUCGCCCGCAAAGCGAUCACUGAUGCAUCUACAACAAUACUCAAAGACCUCUCAUACGAUAUCAGCGACGAGCUUGAGAUCUGUAUCAAGCCGUAUAAGUAUCGAAUCGAGCUUGAAGAUAAUGAGUGGAAGAAGGGUCGUGAAAACAUCAAAGCAGUCUUGCAGGAGGAGCUGAAGGCGUGUGAAACCGCCAACAAGACCCUAGAGAACCAGAUAGGCGGGAAGAGAAAGACGAAGGACGUUAUGGCCUUUAUUGACCGUGUCCGAAGUGGAUCCGUGGCCCUCGAGGGUAACGGAGUGGGUGGUGCUGGCGGCUUCAGCGCUGCUCUGCUCGAAAAGGGCCGGGAAGCUGUCUUCCUACGAGAUAGAUUGGACGUCCUCAGGCUUAGACUGAUGGCUGUCAAGUCUAAGCAAUGUGCAGACAAGAAGAACAAAUACCACUGCCCAGAAGUCUUCCUAGACGCUGUGGCGGAUAAACUCACGACCACGGCCGAUCUCUUCCUUGAUGCCGAGUUGUUGUCCAAAUUUUACUAUCUGUUCCCGCGCGAACUUGAUGCCCGACUGGGACGUAAUCUAUCACAGACUGAGAUCGAUCGCUUUGCCCGAGAGGAUCCAAAAAUUAAACGGCACCUAGAUGUGGUCCGCCGAAAAGAUCUCCUUGAGCAUGUUCUCAAGGAGAUGGAGGCUUUACGACAGCUUGAGCUUAGGGAGAAGCGAUACAGUUCGAGAUCAAUGCAAACGGAAAAGAAGAAUCGCGGAUGGAGUUUGUUUUAAGCAGCCUCACUAAUAAUUGAUACGAUUAGAUGAGUCUUUGGCUGGCGCCUCAGAGAUACCAGUAUGUUUCGUGCUUUCCUCUACAUAAAUUCGAGCGUGGCUGUCACAAUACCCUACUCAAGUAGUUAUCCUGAAAAUAUAUGUUGCAAGAUGCGAAAAAUG